CAAGAUUUUAGAUUUCCAACUGUUAGCCUAAAAAAGAUCCCUUCCAACCGUGGAUUUUGCAUUCACCCAGCAGCAGAAACAGGAAAAAGGGAAACAAAACGCUCUCCGGUAGAAGUAGAGAGAGAGAAGCAGAGAGGGAGAGAGAGAGAGAGCAAAACCGAGACAGAGAAAGAAAGCUCUCUCAGAUAUGAAAUUUUAGGAGAUCAAAAUGAUCGACCUUUUUAAGGCUGAGUGGGUUUCUUCAGUUUGUGUGCAAGUUUCAAGAAAUGGAAGGACUGACCAGGUUCCUCAAGAUGAAUGGUCAGGGUACACUCCUCGCGGUAAAGACGAUGAAAUUCCAUGCCGAAGAAUGCGGAGCGGCAGCUACAUCAAGGCCAUGGGGGAUGAAGACAGUGGUGACUCAGACACAAGUCCCAAGCCUUCUCCCAAAGUUGCAGCACGAAGAGAAAGCUAUCUCAAGGCUACUCAGCCAUCCCUUACAGAACUCACCACACUCAAGAUUUCCAAUGAACACUCACCCAAACUCCAGAUCCGGAGCCACAGUUACCUGAGGGCAGUCAGUGAAGUGUCCAUCAACCGGAGCCUGGACAGCCUGGACCCUGCAGGCCUGCUCACCUCACCCAAGUUCCGCUCCAGGAAUGAGAGCUACAUGCGAGCCAUGAGCACCAUCAGCCAGGUGAGCGAGAUGGAAGUGAAUGGCCAGUUCGAGUCCGUGUGCGAAUCCGUGUUCAGCGAACUGGAGUCGCAGGCAGUGGAAGCUCUGGACCUGCCCAUGCCUGGCUGCUUCCGCAUGCGGAGCCACAGCUACGUGCGGGCCAUCGAGAAGGGCUGCUCCCAGGACGACGAGUGCGUGUCCCUGCGGUCCUCGUCCCCGCCUCGAACCACGACCACCGUGAGGACCAUCCAGAGCAGCACAGUGUCAUCUUGCAUUACAACAUAUAAGAAGACACCACCUCCAGUCCCACCCAGAACUACCACGAAACCUUUCAUUUCUAUCACAGCCCAGAGUAGCACAGAGUCUGCCCAGGAUGCCUACAUGGACGGACAGGGCCAGCGAGGAGACAUUAUCAGCCAGUCUGGACUCAGCAACUCCACGGAGAGUCUGGACAGUAUGAAGGCUCUCACGGCCGCCAUCGAAGCUGCCAAUGCGCAGAUCCACGGCCCUGCGAGUCAGCACAUGGGCAGUAACACUGCCACCGUCACCACCACGACCACCAUAGCCACCGUCACUACAGAGGACAGGAAGAAAGAUCACUUUAAGAAAAAUAGAUGCCUCUCUAUUGGGAUACAGGUUGAUGAUGCUGAAGAACCUGACAAAACAGGGGAGAAUAAAGUACCCAGUAAGUUCCAGUCCAUAGGAGUGCAAGUAGAAGAAGAGAAGUGCUUCCGCAGGUUCACUCGAUCCAACAGUGUGACCACAGCAGUGCAGGCUGACCUGGACUUCCAUGAUAAUCUGGAAAAUUCCCUGGAAUCUAUAGAGGACAAUUCAUGUCCCAACCCAAUGGCCAGACAGUUUUCCCGGGAUGCCAGCACCUCAACAGUUAGCAUUCAGGGCUCAGGAAACCACUACCACGCCUGUGCAGUGGACGAUGACUUUGACACAGAUUUUGACCCGUCUAUUCUGCCUCCCCCGGACCCUUGGAUUGACUCUAUCACUGAAGACCCUCUGGAGGCCGUUCAAAGGUCAGUGUGUCACCGAGAUGGCCACUGGUUUCUGAAGCUUCUUCAGGCAGAGCGAGACCGCAUGGAAGGGUGGUGCCAGCAGAUGGAGCGAGAAGAGCGGGACAACAACCUGCCAGAGGACAUUCUAGGGAAAAUCCGAACUGCAGUGGGCAGUGCCCAACUUCUCAUGGCUCAGAAAUUCUACCAGUUCAGAGAACUGUGUGAAGAAAACCUGAAUCCUAAUGCACAUCCAAGGCCCACCUCCCAGGAUUUGGCGGGGUUUUGGGACAUGCUGCAAUUGUCCAUAGAAAAUAUUAGUAUGAAAUUUGAUGAACUUCAUCAGUUAAAGGCCAAUAAUUGGAAACAGAUGGAUCCUCUUGACAAGAAGGAGAGAAGGGUCCCUCCUCCAGUGCCAAAGAAGCCGGCGAAGGGCCCCGCGCCGCUGAUCCGGGAGCGCUCGCUGGAGAGCUCGCAGCGCCAGGAGGCCCGCAAGCGCCUGAUGGCCGCCAAGCGCGCCGCGUCCGUCCGCCAGAACUCGGCCACCGAGAGCGCGGAGAGCAUCGAGAUCUACAUCCCCGAGGCGCAGACCCGGCUCUGAGACCUGUACCCGCCGCCCCGUCCCGCCACCACCAAGUGUCUGUCCUCCUCUCUCCUUCUCCUCUCCUUUCUCAGCCCUCCGCCUCUCUCCUCUGCCCCUUCAGAGACCAUCUGUCGAUGAGCUCAGUGACGUCCACUGUUGUGGUAUAGUUGUCAGUCUUGCAGGAGCUGUCCUCCAGUCACCCCUGCCCCCAGACACGUUCGCCCAUGUUCUUCACCGACCUUUGACCCCUGUCCUGAUGCUGUCGCCCUGCCUCAUACAGAUACAUGACCCUUUCUUUUCUUGGCAAAACCAAACACACCUGUAUAGAAAUGGCACCUUUAGGUCCCGCGCCAUCCUCGGUUCUCU